AUGAUCCUUUAUGUGGGUCUCUGUCAAAUGCAAACAUUGCUUUUGACUCUGGCAACAUUGUUUGGGCAAGAUGUAGAGAAUAUUGUCGCAGCCCCUUGUGGAUGCAAAAAAUUGGAACGAGACCGUGCAGUUAAUGACCUCAAUGUGAAGAUUAAAUCCUUUUCACCCGAGUUUAUUGAAAGUUUACAACGAGCUCUGUUGAAUAUUGUCUGUGAUUGUUCCAGUCCAUGGGAGAGUAAACAUGGUUCUCUUUUGGGACUGCGAGUGAUAGUCUUGGUUUCCGUGCCAGAUGCAGAGAGCCAGAUACAAUUGGAGGUUCGACAGGCAUCACUUAAAGCUCUCACUGACCUGGAAGUGAGAGUAAGACAGGCAGCAGGAGAAGUAUUGGGCUCACUCUGUCAGAAAGAUGAAGGUGCCACAUAUGCCUCGUGCCGAUCACAUGUUUUGGAGUUGGUGCGAAGUAACCUGGAGAGACAAAUGACUGAUGAUGAAGCUUCUAGAAAUGAACAUGAAGCUACAAGGCAACUUAUGGAGAAGUUGUCUGCAGGAACACGAGAGAGGAGGAACAGUGGUGAUGCAGCACAGAUUUUUCAUGACACUGCUGGCUGGCGGAACUUGGAAACAAGCAUGAAGUGUCUUGAGCAUAUGAUCGCUGGUUCUGGAGCAAACUUUCUUCCUUACAUUGACCAAGAUCUACUGGACCUAAUCUUUAAAGCUCUGUGUCAUACCAACCGCUUUGUGAGGGAAACUGGCUACAACGUGUGUGCUGCUCUGGUGUCAUGUGGACCAUAUGAUGGUGCAGAAUUACUGGAAACAAACCCUGUGUUCCUGUUUGGUGACCAGUUGUCACGUUACCUUGGAAAGGGUUUGGCUGACAAUUGGAGCCAGGUACGCUUGGCAGCAUUAGUAGCAACUCGUAAGUUCCUGAUGUCCCUUCCACCUGCAGCUCGAGAACGCUUCUUCCCAGUGCUUCUACCAAGGCUCUGUCUUAAUAGGUAGGUGGAACAAUUCUGUAGAAGAGAACUAGA